CUGGUGUGGCGCUGUUGCCGUAGGAUGUGCAGAGUGCAGCCUGCUGCUUUCUUUACGGACGCUUCUUGUAUCGUCUGGAUAUCGCUGAUUUCUGGAUUAUAAAUACAUUUGAUGGGUUUCAAUCCCAACUCAAUGCAGAGAAAUGGGUAAACUUCACUCGAAACAUGCUGCGAUUUGUAAACCGAGGGAAAGUCCGGAGGGCGACAGUUUUGUAGUUAAUGCCUGUUUGGCAAGGAAAGGAAUUGACGAUUGGCUCGUGAAACAGAAAUACUAUUGCACGGGUUCGCGGCUUGAGCAACAGGACUGUCACCACACGAAUAAGUGCGGCUUGUCUACUCGGGAUGUGUUGGACAAGGCGUGUGCAGAGGGAAUCAGUGAUGAACAUUACCGUUUAGAAGUGGCUCUGCCCCCGGAGAAGACAGUGAACAGUUGCUGUGUGGAGGAGAAGAUGCAGGGGAGAGCAGGCCAGGUGCCCACAGGCACACAGAAACAGCUCCAGUUGGAAGAGCUUGAGUGUGCCGUCUCUGUAGAGGAAGACAACAGACAGGAGUGGACGUUCACACUGUAUGAUUUUGACAACAAUGGCAAGGUCACCAGAGAGGACAUCACCAGCCUGCUCCACACCAUCUAUGAGGUGGUGGACACGUCAGUCAACCAUUCCCCCAGCAGCAGCAAGACACUGCGGGUCAAGCUCUCCGUGGCCCCCGACUCCAGCCAGCGCUGGCAGAGCUGCACACAGGGCACCGCAGACAUGCCCCACCCCAGAACGAAGACUGACAAGUGCAUUGAAGACCUUAAAAGUGCAGAGAAGAAGUCUCGAGCCCUCCUCAGGCGCCAUCACAGUGACCACCACACUAUCCAGCACCAGGUUCUGAGCCAGCAGGGUCAGAGUCAGGGCUGCCAGCGCCACUGUGUGGAUGAGAACCUGGAGCGCAGGAACCACUACCUAGACCUGGCCGGCAUCGAGAAUUACACAUCCCGCUUUGGAGCAGUCCCCACCACAGAGCCUGUGAAAGCAGAGCCACAGACCCGACCAUCGAACCAGACCAGGUCUCGCUCUCAUGAACCAGAGAAUGGCCACACCUACUCCCACCACCGUCGCUCACAGGUGGCCAUGGAGAGCAGCGCCGCCCCAGGCCCUGACACCCUUUGUCCCCCACGACCGAGUAAAGACUCAGGUAAACACGCCCUGCGCUCCCCCAAAACCCACAGCCGGACACACCCCACACAGACCACCACGGGCAGGGUGAUUAGGAGCAGAGGGGCCCCACCUCCCCCGGCCCUACCCAGCCAGGCCCCCCCUCACCAGUCCUCAGCCCCCUACCGCAGGCACAAGCAGAGGGCCAAGGAGGGCCAGCAGCAGUCCCGGGCCCUGGGGGCUCCAGUGGGGCCUGUGGUGGAGAAGGAGCAGGUGAGGGUCCUACCCAGUGUGCUCCUCUAUGAAGGAGGGCUGGCCCAGAUGGUUCAGAGGCACGAGCAUCAUCACCACCAUGAACACCACCACCACUACCACCACUUCUACCAGUCCUGAGCCAGCCAGCUCCCUGCCUUGCUGCCCCUGGCCCCUGAGCACCUUCUCACAGUCCCACCUCAACCUGGCUCCACUGCCUGCCCAGUAGACUCUACAGAUAGACAGGCCCCUCCCACACAGCACAGCAGCAGCACAGCUAGAAGUCUGUCACUGUCAGGGGGAGUUGGGUCUUAAAUGGCCCUGUGGGCUAAGAGGACAGGACAUCAAGAGGAGUUGGACAGACAGGGAGAGGUGCCGGGUGAAGAGGGUUAUUAUGGGGUUGUCCAGGCAUAAAGAGUCCCUGUGAGGCAGCGGGACAGUGUCUUGGUCUUUAGGUGUGCCAGGAACCAGGAGCAGAACACGGCAGAGGGAUGUAACAGGGGAACCUGAGAGGAACAGAAGGAGAAAAGAGAUUUGUCUGUAGUCCUCCCGAGGACUCCUCUCAUCCCUCUCUGUCUGUCUGGUUCUCUGAAACCCCCUACUCUACUGGACUAGGUGACUUUACGAAGCCAUACUGGCACUGCCAUCCUCACAGACCUCUACGUUUUGGGGAAGGGGAUUCGGAGGUGAAGGGCUGGUUAGGAUGGAAAGACUGAUGUAAAAUAAUCAAAUAUAUGAUGCUCAGUGUCCAGUGAGUUUGUGUUUGAGAGAGAGACUGCGUGUGUGUGUGUUUGUGUGUGUGUGUGUGUGUGUGUGUGUGUGUGUGUGUGUGUGUGUGUGUGUGUGUGUGUGUGUGUGUGUGUGUGUGUGUGUGUGUGUGUGUGUGUGUGUGUGUGUGUGUGUGUGUGUGUGUGUGUGUGUGUGUGCGAAAGAAAAAAAUGUACACACAUUUGUGUGUCUGAACAUACAGUGUGUGUGUGUGAGCAUGUGUGCAUUGGUUCAUAUGAAUAUUUGUGUGUGUGUGUGUAUAGUGUCUGUGUGCAUGUAUUACCUGUCUGCUGUGACACCCCUGUCACCACUGAAAACCACUUGAAAAGCACUUGUGGGUGCAGUUGCAUUGGAGACACUUUGGGCUGUCAGAACAGAGGGCUGACAGGCAUCGGCUGGAUAUGAUGAAGACAAGAUCAUCCAGCUCCUGAAUCUCACAUGCAAUACAGGACCCUCCCUGAGUGAACGAUGUUGAAAUGUUCAGUGAGAAUAGAAGACUGUAAUCAGCUGCUACCUCUAGUGUUAUUAAUGGUGUUAUUAUUAUUGUUAUUAAUCAGAUGCUAUUUUUCAGUUACAUUUUGUUGUAUUUUUUAAAGAUGAUACGAUCUGCAGUAAUGUAGUGUUGAAACGUUCCUACAUGUUUUACCUACAUAUUGUAUGGACAUAUAUUAUCAACAUUAUAAGAUUUAUUUAUAAUGUGAUGUUUGUAUCAACAAUCUACAUUUUUUUCUCACUCAACCCCAUUUUCCCAAUGUACCCUGUUGAAUGACCACUAUAUAUACAAUUUAGACCAUCAAAGAUACAACUCUGACUCCCCCUAAUAUCACCACCUAAUAUCACCACACACAGUUCUUUCACACAAAUGGUCAGUGUACACCUUCUCAAGUACAUCUCUGCCUUCUGAACAGUGUCUAUCUAAUCAAUGUGGUUAGCAGUUCACAGUAAGGCUCUUUCUCAAUAGCUGAAUCAUAAGUAUGUAGUGGUUGACAAUCCACAGCAAUCCCAUGAUCCUCCAGGUCUGAUCAUAACACAUGACCCUAACUGCUGUCCCCAGCUGUCAGCACCUGUUUCACCAGGCCGCCCUCACGCCAUGUGUCCCCAGCACUCAGGCAACAAGGCUCCGUUUAUGAUGCUGGCUGGGCCGGGCUGGAGGCUCUCAGCUGUCUGUCUCAUUCCUCUGGUGCUAGGUGACACCAGGCCCAGCCCCUAGGCUCCACCAGGACCAUAACUCACCCUGCUGAAGGCCUGCUGUUGGGACCAGCAGCUCAAACCAUACAAGACCUCUCAGAUCCUCUCCCACCCUAGGUGAACCACCAGAGCCUUACACCACUGUUUAGGACAGGUCACUAUGGUAUGCCUGCAUCUAGUCCAGGAGCUUCUGACUGAGUAUCAUCUGGUCAGGGUAAAGAGGAAAAUACUGUAAUCAGCAAUGUUCCCUCUAUUUUUUUCCGUUACUGAGCACAUUUCAGGUCUGCUGAGCACAAACUUGAACGUUGUGAGAAUUCUAAGCGUGUUUAAUGUGAACACUGAGGCCUCGUUAUUCACAUACCAUUAUUACAGGGAAUCAGGCAAAAUAUGCUACCCUCUGCCUAUUGGCUACACUGCUCCUUUAAGACAAAUAAGCAAUUUACCUGACUUUUCAAAUAUGUCUAGAAAUGCACACGUUUUGUGCCCUUGUAGGAAGCAAUCACUCCCCCAUUACUGACUACAAAUGAUCUAUAACUGGGCUAAUAACUGACUAACUAGCGAAGGAUAUGAACACGUACACACGUUGCUACAUGUAGCUAAUAUUACGUUGAUUCGAUCACAAUUCCCACAGUAAACAGAAACGUUAACUGGGGAAAACUCUAGAAAGUUUGUGCUUCUCUGUGUGGGCAGAUAUUUCUUCUGCAUGGCAGUCCUGGGGGAGCUGUACGCCCGCUCUCUCGCACAUCUUAGAGGGAACAUUGGUAGUAAGUAUGAGCUAAUAGACCUUGCUACUGGCUAUGCGUUGUGAGCAGGUGUGAAGAGUUCAUGAAUUCCCCUACAGGUGUGUUGAACCUCACCAGGUGUGUAGACAUCAAAGCCAACUUUCCACUCUGGGUCAUGUAUAGGUUUAGAGCCUUUACUACAAGUUUAUGUUAGUGUGUGUUUUGGGUCAGUUGAGGGAAUCUGGUGCAUUCCAGUCUUGUCCUGAGCUCCAGUGCUUCCUUCUCUCACAUAGCUGCAGACUGUCCAUUAGCAGAGGCACCAGUCAAGCUGGCCUCACCACGGGACAGAGUCACCCACCUCAGCCACCCCCAAGGGGAACGCAGCUGCACCCCAUUCCUCAGCCCCGCUCUGCGAUCUGCUUGGCACUGGCAUCUGCCUGGCCUAGCAUGGCAGCACCCCAUCUGACAGGGCCCAUCUCAACACUAUAACUCAUGUUGUAGUCUUCACCCCACACCACAGCUAAACUGUGUGUGUGUGUGUGUGUGUGUGUAUCAGUGUGUCAGAGAGAGAGAAGGUGUCUGCAGUGAUCCCCUUAGACAGACACUGUGGGUAAUGGGCAGGGAUCUGCUUGGGUUCUCAUCCUCAGUUAAACUCCCUUCCCCCAACACCACAGACACUAGACGAAUGGUGCCAUGUGCCUCUAGAGUACUGUGGUAUUAGUGGGGCAGCCGCUGGAACAGAUAUCUCUAUGGUGUGUCUGAAAUGGAGCCCUAUUCCCUAUAUAAUGUACAACUUUUGACCAGGGCCCAGGGUCUGGUCAAAAGUAGUGUACUGUGUCUCUUUAAAGGGACACUCCAGCUUCACCGGCAUCUAAAGUUCUGCUCCAGAAUGCUCCACUGUAUCUUCAUCUGUAAAUUUAUUCAGUUUUGGUAUUUACAGACAAGACUGAAGUAAAUGUUCUCAUUGUAUUCCAUCACUAAGUUAUGUUUUGUAAAAGUAAUGUAUCUCCAUGUUAAACUAAUGUAAAUAGUAUAUGGACUGCAGAAAGGUUAUACCAGUAUCGUGUAGUAGGAAUAAACGUAUUUAUAAUAAUUGAAUGACUGAGCGAAUAUACAGUAUUUUUGCUAAGCUAUCACACUUGCCUGCUAUUUUGCCACUUCUCUACAGAGUCUGCUGUGCCAAUCAGUGCUAGCAGGGAAGGAUAGUUGUCUCUUUUUCUCUCACUUCCUUCACUUCUUCUUGGUGAUUGUUGUAAAUGAAACAUGUCUAACACUUGCUGUUCAGUUCCUCAAUAGCAGGACCAGACCCUUUCUCUCUUUUCCCUAAUGGCUUUUUCAUGACUUUGUUUAGUUUAUAUAGACUGUUUUUGAUUAAUUGCUUUAUUUAUUUGAUAGCAGAACUGUGCCAAGGGAGAAACACUUUCAUUAAAGUAUGAACCUGUUCCCU